UGGCUUUCAACUCAGGAGCGGGUAGCGUGUUGAGAGAUCCCUCUUGUUCGCACAGGGUGACUUGCCGUAGGCUUGACUGAAACGACGUACUCUCUUGGCACUUCACCAUCCCUGCGCGUGUUCGCCUUCACGUCAGACUGACAAAGAAGAGGAGCAAGAGUUUUGACUUCGGUUGUGUCAGUGGUUGUAGCGCCCACCGACACAACCGUAAACAGUUCGCCUGCGCGAUGCAUGUAACCGAAGCGAAGUCGCGUUUGUGCUUCAGUACGAACCGGGCACGUCGCGAGGGCGGGCUCGCCAGCCGUAGCUAAAAGGUCCCGCUUCGACUGGCUGCUCUCAUUGCAGUCCGGGCUGCCGAACGGAGCGGACUGACACAGGGACAAGCCCCGUCUCUAUUCAAGGAUUUUACUUCGUUCACUUCGUCCUACUGCAGAGGACCGACAAAGAAUCGCACCUCGCCCUGUGUGGACAAUGUUUCUCUUGCAGUACGCAGGACUCAACACUCUGCCCUUUGAUCCAGCGACCAACAACGACCCUCUCCAGUUCAACGGUUCCAGUGGGACGCUGGUGGCUGAGUGUCCCCCUCUGGAAAACACUCCUGAGAAUAGCAAGAAGAGGAAGAGAGCAAGCCUGCCUCCAGAAGGGAUCUGUAACAUGACAAUGGACUCCAACUCGAUGACAAUGCCCAUGUCAGAUCCUAAUGCCUGGGCAACAGCCAUGAACAACCUGGGGAUGCCUCCCAUUGGAAUUACUGGACAGCAGCUCAUGCCAGAUUUUGAUCCCAACCUCAGUAUGAUGACUGGAAUUAACCCCCUGAAUCCCAUGAUGCCUGGCCUCGGUAUGGUGCCUGCACCCGUUUCCCAGGAUGUGCCACUUGUUAAGGAGAUCAUCCACUGCAAGAGCUGCACCUUAUUUCCUCCCAACCCCAACCUUCCCCCUCCAGCCACCAGAGACCGCCCUCCAGGGUGUAAGACGGUGUUUGUCGGCGGUCUGCCAGAAAAUGCUACUGAGCAGCUCAUCAUGGAGGUCUUCGGCCAGUGUGGUGAUAUCACCGCCAUACGCAAAAGCAAGAAAAACUUCUGCCAUAUCAGAUUUGCUGACGAGUUCACGGUGGACAAGGCUCUCUUCUUGUCUGGUUAUCGUGUCCGCCUGGGCUCCAGCACAGACAAAAAAGACACUGGCCGUCUGCAUGUGGACUUCGCCCAGGCCAGAGACGACCUCUACGAGUGGGAGUGUCGCCAGCGCAUGAUGGCCAGAGAGGAGAGGCACCGGCGUAAGAUGGAGGAGGAACGCCUCCGACCGCCGUCCCCACCUCCCAUUGUCCACUACUCGGAGCACGAAUGCAGCCAGCUGGGAGAAAAGAUCAAAGACGACGGCAAGUUUCCUGAAGCAGUGCGUGUGCUCUUGACCUGGCUGGAACGAGGUGAAGUCAACCGCAGGAAUGCCAACAACUUCUACUCCAUGAUCCAGUCCUCCAACGGCCACAUCCGCCGGCUGACGGGCGAGAAGAGUCAGCACGAGAAGGAGAUGGAAGAGGCCAAAGACAAGUUCAAGACCGCUCUGGCCGGCAUAGUGGCUCAAUUUGAACAGAUUGUGUCUGUAUUCCAAGCUGCCUCCAAACAAAAGGCAUGGGACCAUUUCUCCAAAGCUCAGCGCAAGAACUUGGACAUGUGGCGCAAACAAGCAGAGGAGAUUAGAAACAUGCACAGCGAGCAACUGAUGGGCAUCAGGCGAGAAGAGGAGAUGGAGAUGUCUGAUGAUGACAUGGAGGACACCCCUGACAGCAAGGACUCUGACGACUCAGGUGUUUCCCAAGCAGAGGCCUUGAAGGAGGAGAAUGACUCCCUGCGCUGCCAGCUCGACGCCUACAGGAACGAGGUGGAGCUGCUCAAGCAGGAGCAAGGCAAGAAUCAACCAAUCAGGAGCGAGGAGGACAACACACACUCUCAGCAGCUCAGCUUCCUGCAGCAGGCUCUGCAAGGCAUGCAGAAGCAACUAUUAAAAAUGAGGGAUGAUUUAAAACAGCGGGAGGCAGAGCUGGAGAAGAGUUUUGAGGACAAACAGCAGCUGAAGAACCAAGUCCAGAACCUGAAGGACGCACUCCAGAACCUGCAAAACACACACGCAAUGCAGCUGGAGAUGUCAAAGCCAAAUGACAGAGGCUGCGAGGAGAGCGCUAAUCAAACCAGUGAAGCUACAGUGUCAGUGGUGGUGUCCUGCAGUCAGGAGAAGGAAGGUCCCACAGAGAAGAGACAACAGAGUCCCGUCCACUCUGAGAGGGAAGCUCUGCUCGUUGGGAUCAUUUCGACGUUCCUUCACGUCCACCCGUUUGGAGCCAGCAUUGAGUACAUCUGUUCCUACCUGCAGCGUUUGGAUACCAAGAUUAACCCCGGUGAGGUGGAGGCUCUUCUGUCUCGGCUGCCCCACACCUUCAGACAGGAGCUAACUGGUGUCGGAGCCAGUCUGGAGAAACGCUGGAACUUCUGCGGCUUUCAGGGCAUCAAGAGCACAUAGACUCUGCUGGCGGCACUUUAGGGAUGUGGAAGAGACGACAGGAGGACGAGUUAACGCAGGGACACCGUAGACAUGUGAAAGACACCAUAUAAAUGCACAACGCCCACACAAAUCAAAGACAGUGCAAUGACUGUAUACUGACUGUAUACAGACACGGAAGACUGAACACAGAUCCAAUAUGGAAACGUUACAUGAGCAUUUCAGGGACUCUGUGUAGGUGGCAGAGAUGUAGAAAUGCAGUAUUUCCAUAGUUACGGGAAUGUUGACACUCUGCCAUGGUGACAAAGUCUUCAUGAGGUUCAACUGUUUCUCAGUGUCUGCAAAAUAUUUCAGACAUAUCGACUCUCUGGCAGUCACAGAAGAGCACCGAUUCCCACAGUCACUGGAUUGUUAUGUAGUUACCGCUCUCAUGGGCAGGGCCUGCACUUGGCUCUGUGUGGUUUCAGUGUGGGCCAGGACUACAGGGUUAGCCGAGGAGGUUCAUCAGGGUAUGACUGAAAACUUCAAACCUCCAAACCCUUCAGCCUCCCUCUCUUCUCUUCUCUUUUUUUUUUUUUUCCUGGUUUGUAACAUAAAUUAAAAAUGGAUAUAUUUCUUCAUUUUCUGUGAAGGCUGUUAACAGUUGCAUACAUCAUUUGUUGUAAUACACUGUAAAUGCUCGGAUGAUAUUUUUGAUUAUAAAAAACGUUUUGAGUAUA